AUGGCCUCUGAAUCUCUGAACUCGUCCCGAGAGAACGUCCGUGGACAACGGUCAGAUGCAAACUCCAGUGACAGUUCGCAAAACACUCCCUACGCGACCAGAGCGGCGGCCGGCGCAGCAGCGGCGCGCGCAAUGUUUCCGUUGGGGUAUCGAGAAGGGUUCAGUCAAUGGUGGGCUCGUUUACCUGCAGCAGCGGCCGAACACAAAGUUCUUUCGUAUCUACCUUAUUUGCAUCACCACGCCCCCACCCACUUACAGACGGGAAAGACGACGGACUUUCCAAAUGGCACAACCCCAAGUAGCUUGGAGGCGGCAGACCACAACCAACAAGGCGAAGUCGCCACAAGCUCCCAGGAUGACCCAUAUGGCCCUCGUCGGUGGACCUCGAGUAUGGUGGAACUGAACGGGAAGGACCGCGCAUUGAACGAGUUUUCUGUGGAGAGGAUCGGCGAGGAAGCAGACCAACAUCUGGUCAUGCUCCACGGCUAUGGCGCAGGUCUUGGCUUUUUCUAUAAAAAUUUCGAGCCGCUGAGCCGGCUCAAGGGCUGGCAACUGCAUGCCCUGGACAUGCUGGGCAUGGGUCGCAGUACGCGACCCGCAUUCAAAAUCCAGGCCAAGGGCAGAGAAGACGCCAUCAGAGAAGCCGAGGCUUGGUUCGUCGAUGCAUUGGAGGAAUGGCGUAUCAAACGCAAGAUAGAUCGCUUCACAUUGCUGGGACAUAGUCUGGGCGGAUACAUGGCUGUCGCCUAUGCGCUCAAAUACCCCGGUCAUCUCAACAAGCUCAUUCUGGCAUCCCCGGUCGGAAUCCCAGAGGAUCCAUAUGCCGUCACUGCAGAAGUGACUGAGCCCUCUCCAUCGACAUUGCCCAAUGAGCUCACCCAAGAUCAGCGGGAGGUCACAUCCGUCCCCGAGACAGCCCCCAAAACAAGCGACGGCAGCUUCAUCACCGGCCGGCAACCACCCGCAGAGGCCAACCAACCACCACGACGAAACAUGCCCAAGUGGUUCGCCUACUUGUGGGAAGCCAACAUCUCCCCCUUUAGCUUAGUCCGCUGGGCCGGUCCUCUCGGUCCUCGCAUCGUCUCGGGUUGGACUUCCCGCCGCUUCUCUCAUCUCCCUGCCGAAGAGGCAUCCGCUCUCCAUGACUACUCGUACUCCAUUUUCAGCCUUCGCGGUAGUGGCGAAUAUGCCCUCGCAUAUAUCCUGGCCCCUGGCGCAUUUGCUCGCAGUCCUCUCAUCCACCGCGUCCAGGGCCUAGGCCGUCAGUUGAUUCAUAAUAAUAGCCCUCUCUCACCCCCAAUGGCGGCCCCCACCGCUCCUUCAACAUCCGAUGCACCUGGUGCCACUGCUCCCUCUGAUUCGCAGCCCGCUCAGCGCGAAAAGGGUUUCCCAGUCGUCUUCAUGUAUGGCGAUCAUGACUGGAUGGAUGUCUCGGGUGGUCAUGCUGCCGCAGCUCGCAUGGACAAAGAGAAAAAGAGGGUUCUCGCAGAUGCGUCUCCUGAAGAACGGCGCGCUGACGAGGGAUCCUCAAGGGUCGUGGUUGUCAAUAAUGCUGGCCACCAUCUGUACCUUGACGGUUGGGAGGAAUUCAAUAGCGUUAUCCUCGCCGAAAUGGAAGAGGUUAAUCGCCGCGAGAGAAAUCGCCAACCAUAA